GGCCACCAAGCUGGCCGUCGCCGAUUCGAAGCGGCCUCCUCCGCAACCAACGUCACUGCUACGCCCCCUCGGAGGACUCACUGGCUGUUGGCCGCACCCGACAGCUACCAAUGGGAGGCAACAUCCGCCCGAGGCGCAGGCCCCAUUGGUUCAGCAGCUGCCUGUCCCUCGUGCGACCUCUCACCCGGAGGCCGUUUCCGCCGGUAACGGCAGAAGUCCCGCCUUCUACGCUGGGCCCUGAGGGGCCGGUGCCAGUGCCAGUGUGGAGUGCGUGAUUCCCUCGAGGAGGUGUAAUUUGGGUCCUUUGCUUCUUUUUCUCUGUUGUCCGCUUGUCCCUCCUCCGUCCUUCGUCUCGAAGCGGGAAGCAGCUCUUCCUCCUCUCAGCUUCCAAUCCAUCUCAGGCAGGCAGGUCUCAGCGUAGAUGCUGUGAUCGCCUCAGAACAAAUUUCUUUGCCCUUUAUAGCCGCUACGGUUCUGGGGUGUCCGAGCCUCAAGGCUUUUUGUUCGGCCCGCAGCCCUCGAGCGGGGGCCUGACCGGAGCACCGCCCGGCAGCGGAUCGUGGCUCUAGCCAUUCUGUCGGCCCUGCUCGCUCUAGCCAGCUAUCUUUGUCUAUACCAGGUUUCUCCACAUUGCCCUACCCACGAGCUAAGGAAUCUGAAGCCCCAAGAGGUGAAGAAACUUGCCCUGGAGAUUACAGAGCUGAGAAGACAGGGAGCCAGGAUUUGAGCCUUGGCAAUUUGAUUAAUUUCUGUAGUCUAGAUUAUCAUCCUGAGCUUUGGGUUUUUGAUUUAUAUCUUGUUUAGGGUAUAGAGUAGUUAUAUAGUUUGCAAAUAUUUUGAUAAUGAGUGAUAGACAAAUGUAGAUUUUUAUCCAGUAAUUUAAAGCAGCUCGUUUCACUUGUGCUCCUAGGGGUAAGGAAAUAGAUUUCUAUUUCCCAUCUGAUCUCAGCUAAGCAGAGUUAGGACUGGUUAGGAUCCGAUGUCAUUUAGUUUCUAAAUCUUCCUUUCUGAAAGGGAAAUACAGGCAUAGAACAGGAAAGAAAAGGAAAAGACUUAUGUAAUUGACAAAUUGAAUGUUUAGACCCUGAUAAUUGAGAAUUUCCACAUCCUUUGUUGGGGAGAAUAUUCAACUAAGAGAUUAGGCACAUGACCUUGGGGAAAAACCUACCAGAGCCUCAGCUUUUUCAUCUAUUGAACGUCAGGGAUUUCUGUCCUGUUGGUUUUAGUGGCUUGUUUCAAGGAUCAGAUAAGAUACUGUAUAUUAAAGUGUUUGGGAAGUUGUAGGAUAAUAGGAAUGCUAUUAAUCAUGUGAAUAUACUAUGGGAAGAAAUUUUAGAAGCUCUUCAAGAAAACCAUCUCUUGAGAGUCAAAAGUUCCAAGAUUUCUUUCAAUGGAAAGUAAUGUUUGGUGAUUAUGUUGAAUUUGACAGACUUUUGGAAAUAUUUUUUUAAAUGUUCUAAUUAUUCUCAUAUUGGCUACAUAGAUGCCUUUUUUAUUAAAAGACUGGGCCCUUAGACCCUUGACUUUCCCUUUUCUUAGAGCAUUUACUUCAAGAAAACUAAUUGUAGGGGUGCCUGGCUGGCUCAGUCGGUGGAGCAUGUGGCUCUUGAUCUUGGGGUUGUAAGUUUGAAUUCCACGUUGGGUGUAGAGAUUACUUUAAAAAAUAAAGUCUUUAAAAAUAAAAGAAAAGAGGGACUGGGCCUUAACCUUUAUUCAACAACUCAAGAGUAAAACAGAAGUAUCCCCUGACACCUGAGCCAGGAACAAUACUAGGUAUAACUCAUGUAGCCUUUUUUUGUGUGUGCUUUUGAAAGUGCAAUGUGCUAGGCAAUCAGUUUUCUUUGUCUUGACUCUUUUUUUGUCCUUUUUUUUUUUUUUAAAGAUUUUAUUUAUUUAUUUGACAGAGAGCAAGCACAAGCAGGGGGAGCUGCAGAGAGGGGGAGAAGCAGGCUCCCCAAUGAGCAGAGAGCCCAACUUGGGCUCGAUCCCGGGACACUGGGAUCAUGACCCAAGCUGAAGGCAGACGCUUAACCGACCGAGCCACCGAGGCGCCCCUGUAUUUGAUUAAUUGAAAAGCAUUUUAGUUUUAUACAGAAAAUGUUUUAAUUUUUCUUCUGUUUUAAAGUUUCCAUUGAAGUAAAAUAAGCUACUAAAUAUAAAGAGCUACCUCUAUAGAAUUUGAGUGAUAAUAUGUAUCCUAAAUUUCUAAAUUUUUAAAAUAGGAUAUAUAGGGGCACUUGCCUGGCUCAAUCAGAGGAGUGUUCAAGCCCAACAUUAGGUGUAGAGAUUACAUAAAUAAAUAAAUACAUACAUACUUAAAAAUAUAUUAAAAUAGGAAAUAAAUGUACAUGGUAUAAAAUUCAAAGGGUACAAUGUAUAACAUGCAAUGAAAAUAAGUCUGCUUGCCACCCUUUCCCCAGCCUUAUUCCUCUACACUGGUAAAGGUAACCACUGUCACCACUUUCUUGUGUAGCCUAGAGAGGUUUUAUUCAUAUUCAUAUGCAGUGUGUGUGUAUCCCUAUUUUAAAACUAGUGAUGGAGCAUGCUACAUACAUGGUUCUUCUUCCAUCCAGUUAGCUAUAUUUCUUGGAGAUUGUCACAAAUCCACUGCCUCUUUUCUUUUUUAAAUGGCAAUAGUAGCUACCCUCAAUUGAGUAUUUACUAUGUGCUGGAUAUUUUACAUAUCUUAAACCUUUUUAUUAUAAAUUGCAAUAUGAAUACAGAAAAGUACAUAAAAUGCAAGUGUACAGUUUAAUGAAUAAUUAUAAAUCCCUAGGUAUUCAAUAUCGAAAUCAAGAAAAAGAAUGUUGUCAGCAUCAAGAAGUCCUCACUUUUUCACCCCAGCUUAAUUCCCUCUUCCAUAAAAAAAUUAACUUUUCUUUAUUGUACAGUCUUUAGAAUUUUACCAUUUAGCUUCUGUCUUAAAUACUAUAGCUUGAUAUCCAGUAGAACAUGUCUUUUCCACCUUCAGAGUGUCUUCUGGUAUUCUUGGUACUUGUAUUUCCAAAAAUUUUAGAAUUAGCUUGUCAAGUUGGCAAAGCAAACCUAUUAUAUAUUGUUAAGUAAGAAAAGUAAGUUAUUUAACAGUAUAAUAAUACUAUACCAUUAUUUUUAAAUAUACCUCAGUCUUAAGUCUCAAUUUCUUAAUUGAGAAAUUGAGAAGUUUCUCAAUUUUUCAAGUCUUAAGCCUCAAUUUCUGUAUUUUAGGAUUUUUUAAAAAUUGCAUGAAUUUACUAUUUAAUAUUUAUCAGGAAUGAACAAUUUUCUGUUUUGAAAUGAUAAAUUGUGUUACUUCAAGAUGAUGAAACAUUAUGUAGCUAUUAAAAUUGUUGAUAUCUAUGUUUUUCGAAGAGUAAAUUGUAAGUAUGUUACUUUUUUGUCUACAUUUUCUUGUUAUUUAAAAAAAAAUCCCUGUUUAUCUAUCAGGAACUUACUGAGCUUGAAAAACCUUUAAGAACUUAAAACUAAAAGUAAUACAGAAGAGAACUGCCCUCAGUCCACGCACCAGCCAGCUCCAUUAUGGCAACCCGAAGCCCCAGCAUUGUGAUUAGUGAUGAUGAACCAGGUUAUGACCUAGAUUUAUUUUGUAUACCUAAUCAUUAUGCUCAGGAUUUGGAAAAGGUGUUUAUUCCUCAUGGAUUAAUUAUGGACAGGACGGAACGGCUUGCACGAGAUGUGAUGAAGGAGAUGGGAAGCCAUCACAUCGUAGCCCUCUGUGUGCUCAAGGGGGGUUAUAAAUUCUUUGCUGACCUGCUGGAUUACAUUAAAGCACUGAACAGAAAUAGUGAUAGAUCCAUUCCUAUGACUGUAGACUUCAUUAGACUGAAAAGCUACUGUAAUGACCAGUCAACAAGGGACAUAAAAGUAAUUGGUGGAGAUGAUCUCUCAACUUUAACUGGAAAGAAUGUCUUGAUUGUUGAAGAUAUAAUUGAAACAGGCAAAACAAUGCAAACCUUGCUUUCCUUGGUCCAGCAGUAUAAUCCAAAGAUCGUCAAGGUUGCAAGUUUGCUGGUGAAAAGGACUCCUCGAAGUAUUGGAUAUAGACCAGACUUCGUUGGAUUUGAAAUUCCAGACAAAUUUGUUGUAGGAUAUGCCCUUGACUAUAAUGAGUAUUUCAGGGAUUUGAAUCAUGUUUGUGUCAUUAGUGAAACUGGAAAAGCAAAAUACAAAGCCCAAGAUGAGAGUUCAAGUUGAGUUUGGAAACAUCUAGAGUCCCAUUGAAAUCACUUGUAAAAUGAUCAAAGGUUCUAGUUGUGUGGCCAGCCGCUUUGCGGGGCUUCUUGCAUUAUCUUCUAAGAAUUUUAUCUGUUUGGUAUGUUUGUUAGAAAUGUCAUUUGCUGCGUUCCGAAAGUCUUCAUUUGCACUAUAAGCCUAUAGACCAUCAGUUCCCUUUGGGUGGAUUGUUGUUUGACUUGUGAAUGAAAAAUCUCUUAAACCACACCACUGUUGAAUGAAAAUAUUGAAAUUGUAUCUGUAGGAAACAUUUAAAGAGAAGAUAUAUUCAUUUUUAAUUGGCAUUUUAAUUUUUAUAUAUUCAGGAAAAAACAAGUGAUUGAAUAUUGUUAAUUAUGCCACUGUGUUUAGAAAAGUAAGAAGCAGUCAGUUUUUGUAUCAAUGACACUAUUUAAGAGGUAUUGUUUUGUUGGAUAAACCAUGUGUCCUUGAAUUGUUUUAGUGUUUCAGUAGUAUUAACUGUAUUUUCCUGCUUAUUCAGAUUAUUUCUGGUGAAUCUUUGUCAACAGUUUAAGUACAAAUCAAUAAAUUCCAAAAUACUUAAAAAAAUAAAAGUAAUAUGAGAGAACAAAAAAGGUCAGUGAAAGAUGUUUAAGAUAUAAUUACAUUGGGGCACCUGGGUGCCUUCAUCGGUUAAGGGUCGGCCUUCAGCUCAGGUCAUGAUCACAGGGUCCUGGGAUAGAGCCCCACCUCAGGCUCUCCACUCAGCGGCGAGUCUCCUCCUCCCUCUGUGACCUCUCUUGCUUUUACUCUCUCUCUAAUGAGUAAAUAACAUUUAAAAAAAGAUAAAAUUACAUUAAAGCUAUUUCAUAUGUUAUAGGUUAAAUCAAAUACAGGUAAUGUACCAAAGUUUUAUGUUGCAUUAACAUGACAGUUCCCAUCUGUCUGGACAUCUCUGAUACUGAUAGAAAGAUAAGGUGUCUUUUUGCUCUGCUCUGUUUUAAGUAGGCUCCACACCCAGUGUGGAACCUUGAGUGUGGAGCCUAACGCAAGGCUUGAACUCAUGACCCUGAGAUCAAGACCUGAGCUGAGAUCAAGAGUCAGACACUUAACCAACUGAACCACCAAGCCACCCUGGAAGGAUAAAGUUUAUAGUAGAUUUCACUGUGCUGCAGUUCAAGUUGCAUAAUUUAUGUCUCUGUUUUAUAGGCGUCUUUUCCCUCAUUUUCAGUAUUCUCAAGUUUCAGGCUUUUAUCUGUUGCCCGUACCCUAGCCAAGAAUUAAAAAUUCUUUGGCAAAUGUUACAAAACCAGGCAAGAAUCCCCAGGCAAGUGAGGGGCCCUAAAUCAUAAGCUCCACCAGCUUCAUAGUAAAUCCACCUCUGAGUACUGCUACUAUUUCUGAGCCUGCCAUUGGGGGCCAGUGUAGGACAACCAACGGCCCAAAACAUGGAGUAAGUUUAUGUAGUCUUGUCCUUUACUUGUAACUGGGCUGUUCCAAAGGGCAAAAAACAUUUUAUAGAGAAAUACUAUCUGCUACUUGUGUAGAACAGCUUCCAUGCAUGUCUUUCUGGAUUUCGUGGUUUUUUUUUUUUUUUUUACAGAUUGCCAGAGCUUUAAAAAAAUUUUCCCUUAAAAAUUUUUUAAAACUAUGUUAACUAUGUUAAAAAAUAACAGUUAAUUCACAUGUAUUUUUUGUGACUCAGAAUAUACAGUCAACCUAAAUGUCCAUCAAUAAGGGAUGCUAAAUCAACUGUGGAGGUGAUACUAUGGAAAUACUGUGCAAAGUUUUAAAACUGAGGUAGAUUUUUAUGUAUUGAUACGGAGUGAAGCUCAGGAUUUAUUUUUAAAUGAAGAGAACGGUAUGUACAAUGUGAUCCUAUUUGUGUAACCCCCUCCCCCUCCCCACCAAUCUAGACAGAUACCAACAGAUACUAGAUUGUGGCUCCCUCUGGGUGGAAUUGGAGGGGAGUCGAAAGGAUUUUUUUUUUACUUAUUUGUAUUGUAUACAUCCUUUAAGGCCAAGAAUGAAUUUCUGUAUUACUUGUUUGAUUGAAAAUGAAUUUUAGAAAAGAAAUGUAGUGAAUGUAAUGGUUCAGUUAGCUUUUAGCAUUGAAAUUUUUCAAAAAGGUUUUUAUUUAUUUUGAGAGAGAGAGCAUGAUCGGGGGGAGGGGCAGAGGGAGAAGAAGACCCCACUGAGCAGGAAGCCUGAUCCCAGGACCCUAAGACCAUGACCUGAGCCGAAAGCAGACUCCCAGCUGACUGAGUCACCCAGGUGCCCCAGAAAUUUUUUUUUUUAAAUUGAGUUUGCCACUGUGCUCUGAUUCUGCAGCAGAGUAGUCUAAUGGAGAGUAUGGAUUUAGGAAUCUGAAGAACUGAGCUCUAUUCAAGAUCCAGUAUGAAUUCCGUAACUAUGGAUGUGUAACUUCAUAUCCUUGUAUAUCAGGGAAGACUGAGUGGUAUAGUGGGAAGAAACGAGCUUUAGCCAGUUUACUGUUUAUUUGUCCCAUUCAUUUAAAAAAAGUGGAACAAAAAUAUGUAUUACAUCCUAGGUAGUAUGCCAGGUUCCAGAGGCACAGUGGUAAAUAAGAUGGGGUUCUCUGCCCUCGGGAAGUACAAUUUAUUGAUUUUGAUCAUCUGUUCACCUCUUGAGUCCACUUCUCCAUGUGUAAAAGGUGUUGAGAACACUACCUACUACAUAUUCCACAAGAAUUACUGUUGUAGGGGCACCUGGGUGGCUCAGUCCAUUGAGCGUCUGCCUUCGGCUCAGGUCAUGAUCCCAGGGUACUGGGAUGGAGCCCCGCAUCGGGCUCCCUGCUCAGCCGGGAGUUUGCU